AGUUGGCAAAGCGGUUGGCGGGUUGGAGUCAUUCUGCAUGGAGGCAGCUAACUGAAUCACGAGAGCUUUGAAUCUCUGCAGGAUUUGGAUUUGUUCUGUAUGAAUGUAGCAAGGAAUCAUAGUUCUGUAUUUGGUCAAAUAGGAUUGUUUGCGUCUUCAUUACUCCAUCUACUGCAAAUAUUUUAUGUUUUUGUAUCAAGGGAAUUUUAGCCUGGAUUCCACGUAAGUGAAAGCAUUCUGAUUGGACUCAGAAGGACUAUAAUCAAGAAGGCAACAGACAGUUUCCUGUGUCCUGGUCAGUGGUCGAAUUGAAAGUAGAGAUGAUCCUCAACACAGUGCUAGUGGUCUUGACGGACCUGGCCGCCCACCUGCUUGGAAACAGUUCAUUCCGUCGGCACUUCCAUCUUGUGUUGUCUGCCACUUUGUUGUUCGGGCCAGUGCUGAGUCUCUGGGUGUCCCAGCACAGUGUCUUUGCCAAAAGAAGCCACUUCCUGUACAGGAUGUUUUUGCGAUCAGGUUGGGGGUGGACGUGUAUCUUUGUUGGCUCCUUUGUUUUCCUCCUGUCCUUCUCCACCCGUCGUUCUUUCUCACUGUCCUUCCGUCAUCUCUCUCGGCUUGGAGUCGCUGGUGGACUUUGGUUCGCCUUCUGCAAACUUCUUGACAUUCUCGAGAACGCUACAGGAAGUUGCUAUGAGCCUUUACCGGGCAGCCCAGAGAUCAACAACAGUCAGCCUCUGUUGGUGUUGCGAGAAGGUGAGAGCAAGGCAGAAUGCCUCAAAGCUGGGAUGCUUUGGAGAGGAUACGAAGUUUCAGAGGAUGUCUUCCUCCUGUGUUUCUGCUGCCUGUUGCUUGCUGAGGAAACAGCUGUGUUUGGGCCAUAUUUGAGCCUCGGUGGAUUUUCUGAGGCCCCACUGAGGAUUCUCUUCCUCUUCUGUGUUCUCCUGCUCAGCCUCUGGCUCUUCCUGCUCCUCUGUCUCCUCGCCUACUUUCCUCAGUUCCCCACCCAGCUGCUAGGAGGCGCUUUAGGUUGUUUGAGUUGGAGGGGAUUAUAUCAAGGAUGGUACUGUCAAGGUCCCAGCUGGUACUGCCCAGGAAGGCCUGGACUUGGAAUCCUUAAAAAUCAAGACUGAUGUGGAGCACAGAGAAGUUUGAGUAAAAGCACAUAACCCCGAGUUCCUUUUGGUGCUGCUUUAGAAGUAUGUAUGAAGUUCCUAUCAGACAGUUGAUAGUCCAUUAAUCAUUGUGGGUGGAUGAGGACAUUAGGGGCUUUGGUAGUAGAAAAAGUCCACACAAGUAAGCUGCACUGCUGCAACAAAUAAUCAAGAUUGUCACAUUAGUGUAAUAUAGGAUGUAAAAAUUUGAUUAUUUUACAUUCUGCAACAAGAAGCCUGCAUACCAUCAGAGCAAUAUGGAGUAUUAAAAAAAGCUGGAGUAUUUCUGUCCUACUACUACUAGAGUGCAAUUGAAAAGCUCCUCGUUUAUAGUACAUA